AUGAUACUUUUUAUAAGUGCAACAUUGUCAGAAAUAGAUAAGGAAAAUUCCUCUAGGUACAAUAAUAAUGCAUUGAAGGCGAUAAAAGAGAUAAAUCAAGAAGUAAAAAAAAUAGCUGAAGAAUUAGAUGAUUUUAAAGAUCAAAAAUACAUAGUUACUCAUGAUGCUUACCAAUAUUUCGAAAAAUAUUUUGGCUUAAAUUCCCCAAGUGUUAUUCUUGCUAUAGAGGAAGAUUCAUACAUAGGUAUGAAAAGCUUAAUGAAACUAAAAAAAAUCAUGAAACAAGAGAACGUUAAGUGCAUACUUUCCCACUCAUGGGAGGAUAGUAUAAAUCCUAAGAUUUUUUCCAAUGAUACAAAAAUGGUAGUGCUUGAUCCU